AUGCUGAAAGAGUAUGCUCAGGUCCGACAGACAGUGGUGGUAUGCAGUUUACAAUGGCCCACUCAGGACGUCUUUAACCUGUUUGAUCGCGUCAUCGUGCUCAACUCUGGCCGAGUUGUCUAUCAAGGCCCAACUGCUUGUUCAACAAGCUACUUUGUGGACUUGGGGUACAAGAAGCCUAAGUACAUAUCAGAGCCAGAGUUUCUUCAAGUUGUCUCCACAGAGGCUGGAGCACAGCUUCUUGAGCCAGGCUAUGAGAAGCUGGACCUCAAUGGCUUUGUGCGUGCAUAUGAACGAUCUCCGCUUCAUCGUGAUGUUAUGCGCAUUGUCAACAACAAAGGCAUCAGCUGUACAAUCUGGAUAUCUGGACCAGCCAAGCUUGUUCUCACGCGCAUCACUCUCAGUCUUGCCUCCGAUGCGAACUCCUCUGCCAAAACCUCAAGAAUAGUCGUGCUGAAGUCAGACUGCAAGGAGGAUAGCAAGGAUGGUGAGCUGGUCCUGACUGGGCCUAUUGAAGAAGGUGAUGAGCUUGUUGGGUUUGCACUUAUGGGAAGGCAGUUUGAGUAUGCGAGAAAUGUUGGUGGUGACCUGGACCCACAAGACCUUGGCAAGUUUCUCGAAAACCUAAUACACAGUAGCAACAUGGUUCAGCUUCAGUUUGAACGACCAGAGCCAACGUCUUCAGAAGAAAAGGUCAAGGAAGCACAAGAUGAGGUGAAGCAGUUGAAUACUCGGUUCAUAUUGGACCCUUGGCCAGAAUUCUUGCUGUUGCUGCAUCGUCAGCUAUUAUCACUAUGCAGGAACCGAUUUGCAUUGAUGGCAAGAUUCAUUCAGAUUCUGUUCAUGUCCCUUUUCCAUGGCUUCAACUUCUUUCAGAUGCCCUCUGACCCUCCAACUGUUGGCAACCUGAACCUUCGUCGAGGAAUAACCUUUCUCUCGCUUGUCGCGAUGACCUUGUUCAACCUCAGUCAGCUACCUAUAUUCAUGGAGGAGCGUCUGGUCUACUACAAGCAUUCAUCUGCCCAAAGCUUUCGCACAUACACCUACCUGUUGGCCCAUGUGUUGGCUGGAGCUCCCUUUUCAAUCAUAGAGGCAACUGUGUGGUCCAUCGUCGUGUAUUUUUUGGCUGGAUUUUCACUCAGUGAUGGUGGUGUCCACUUCUGGAUUUUCUAUGCCAUUAUGAUUCUCACCGUCCUGCAUGGGUCAGCGAUGGUCCGUUUCAUUGCCUUCUCCACCCGGAAUCCUGCUGCUGCUGCCUUCUUUUCUGCACUUCUUGUGGGCCCUUCCGUUUUCCUCUUCAUUCAUCUCCUCAUUCCCCAAUCCCUCAUCCGGGGUUACUGGAUAUGGGUGUACCGGAUUGAUGCUCUCCAGUGGGCUGCAACCAUGAUGCAAGUCAAUGAAUUCCGCAACAGCAAGUUCAAUACUCCUUGCACAGAAGUCCUUCCGCCUACAUAUCUCAUGCCCAGCUCAUCUGUUUCCAACUCCUCAGCUGCCUUCCCUCUCUUGCCAUUGAGCCCGUAUCCAUUUUGUCAAGCCCACCCAACUGAAGCAGUGGGGGUAGCAUACCUCAAAGGCAACGGUUGGAACUAUGACUGGAUUGUAUUUCUGAUUGGUCCACUUGUGCUUGUCGCCUGGACCAUUCUCUGGACCCUGGCUAGCUAUAUCUGCCUCCUUCCAGGGUAUUACCAGCAGCACUUUCCGCAUCAUAAAAUACUGCCACCAAGCUGCCUGGCAGCCAAAAGUGAGUCCAAGGAGUCAGCUUGUGCCAAUGGCAUCAGACCUGCUACUGGUAUAGAUGUGUUGCCAUCAGAGCCUCGCAAUGGCCAUGAUGUUGCAGUUGAGUUUGGGGAGAUAGAAGCCAGGAAUGGCGAGUCAGAGGGAUGGCAGGCUGUAUGUCCACCGCUUCAGCCAGUGGUGCUGGCAUGGCAGAAUCUUUCCUACAAGAUCACAUCCAUCCAUUCUGAUAGAGACAUGGAAGUUCUGAAAAGCAUCUCAGGCUGGGUGAAGCCUGGUGAGAUUACAGGAAUUGUGGGAGGAAGGGGUGCAGGCAAGACAAGCCUUCUCAACUGUCUUGCUGGGCGAAAGAUUCGUGGGCGAAUCACAGGCCAGUUGUCGGUCAAUGGUCUGACUCGUGACCUUGAAUCCUUCAUCCAAUGCACGGCAUACAUUGAAGGAGGCCAUCAGCACUACCCGUAUCUUACAGUUCGAGAGAGUCUUAUGUAUCGAGCCGACCUUCUGCUGCCACAAUCAGUGUCGCGCAAAUCACGUAACUCGUUUGUGGACAAGAUUCUGAAGGUCACUCGAGUACAUGACCUUGCAGAGUAUUUGGUAAAUGACCUCCUUACUUCAGGUGGCAGCGGUCUGGUAUUUACAGAAAAGCGAAUCGUGCUGGCCAUGGAGCUUGCAGGAAACCCCUCGGCUCUUUUUCUUGACACCCCCUUCAUUGGCAUGGACAUGCAGCAGAUUGUGCAGUUUGCAGAGAUUCUAGACAGCGUGGCAACAGGUUGGGGCAAGGCCAUGGUAGUGUCAACCAACGUGCCAACAGUGGUUCAGCUCAACAGCUUCACUUCUGUGCUCAUGCUACGCAGUGGAGGUGAAAUGGUAUACUUUGGACCUGCUGGUCAAUUUGGCUCUGCCAUUGUGGAAUACUUCCAGUCCAUACCUGGCACUCCCAUUCUCCCUGACAACAUGAAUCCCAUCAGCUUCUUACAGUAUGCAAUGGGAGAAGGCGUUUCAGAGUCUGUAGCUGCACGUGACUAUGCGUUUGAGUAUCGAAUCAGCAACCUGGCCAUGAGCAACGGCCAGCACCUGCGGAAGCUUCGUCGCAAUCCCAACUCCUUCUAUGCUUCAGAAGCAUCAGACUCAACUGCUGCUAUGCCAGCACUUCCUGGAUCUGGUCAGGUGGCUGCGCGUUCAAACCAAGGCAGAACAGAUGCCAGCACUGUACUUGCCAGUGAGGAACCUUCUUUGCAGUCCAGGAAGCCUGGAAACGCUCUGAGACCCACCUCAACGCCUACUUAUGAGCCAGAAAUUUCAAUGAAAGACACACUACAAAGAAGUCGCUGGUGCCUGCCGCAGUCUCUUUACAUGUCGCGUCUGGCAAAGGUUUAUUGGUCCAUCAACGUCCUCUACUGGCGGAACACCUCUUAUACCCUGUCCCGUGCAGUUGUCGCUUGUGUCCUGGGCCUCGUUAUUGGCUCCCUCUUUUUCGACCUACCCUGCUCUACUCUCCUCCAGAUCUCAGCGCGUGCUGGAUUUGUGUUCACACUGCUCAUCUUUGGGCCCACCUCUAAUGGAGGAACUGUGGUGGGAAUGCUGACACGCAUCCGCCAUGUGUUCAACAGAGAAAGGCUCAAUAAACAGUACUUUGCUUCAACAUACAUCAUCUCCUUCACACUGGUUGAGAUUCCGUAUCUUAUUGUAACGACUCUGAUAUUUAUUGUCAUAUCAACGGGCCUAGCUCAAGUUGCAGUUUCCAGCUUGUCACAGUUCUUCGCAUUUUGGUUCUCCCACUUCCUUUUCUCCCUCGGUAUCACCUACCUUGGGUUUCUUCUUUCAGUGGCUCUUCCAAACCCAAGACUCGCAUUCAUGCUCGUGCCUAUGGUGUCUGGAGUAUGGAUAAGCACUGCAGGAUACGUGGUCCCAUACAGUUUAAUGCACUUCUUCUUCAGGCCAUUUUAUUGGACCAACCCUUUACAG